UACUCACAGAAAAAUUUAGAGGAAGAAACAAGAAUAAAGAUCAGAUAUAGUUCUAUAAAAGAUGUUUUCCGAUAUUCAACCUUCUCUUGAGUCAUUAAAGACGAUUGUAAAGUCUUAUGAAACCAAAAAUGAAGAGAAACCAAACUUGUAUCCAAUUUAUAAAUAUUCGUCUGCAGAUGAACUUAACGUGCACCAAGCUUACUUGAAGCUUGCGCGUUUGAACGACCCAAAUAGAUCUGCCUCUUUCAUUUUGGAAUCUGCCCAUAAUGGUGACACAGUAGAAAGAUAUACAUUUAUUGGGAUCAACCCAAAGAAAAUCAUCCAAACUGGUGAUGACCCAGAAAGAUUUGGAGAAUAUGCAAAUGUUGAUCCAAUUACAGUAUUGGAAAGCGAAUUGGCAAAGUAUAACCAAGCACAACUUCCUGGUAUUCCAAAGCUCAGUGGAGGUGCUGUCGGUUACGUUUCGUAUGAUUGUGUCAAAUAUUUCGAACCAAAGACCAAGAAGCCUUUGAAAGAUACUUUACACUUACCUGAAGCCGUUUUGAUGAUGUGUGACUUGAUUGUUGCCUUUGAUAAUGUAUACCAAAGAAUUCAAAUCAUUAAUAACAUUGAAAUUGAAACUGGUGUGACUACUGCUGAAGAAAUUUCAUUGAAGUUUAAAAAGGCUGAGAAGGAAAUUCAAGAAGUUGAAGCUAUUUUGAAGGCUCCACAUUCUGAUGAUAUUAACCCUAAGCAACCUCCAAUCAAACCAAACCAAACUUUCACCUCAAAUAUUGGUCAAGAAGGUUAUGAAACCCACGUUAAAACAUUGAAAGAACACAUUCUUAAAGGUGAUAUAAUUCAAGCGGUUCCAUCUCAAAGAGUGGCUAGACCAACUAGUCUCCACCCAUUCAAUAUUUAUAGACAUUUAAGAACCGUUAACCCAUCACCUUAUCUUUUCUAUAUUGAUUUAAUUGAUUUCCAAAUCAUUGGUGCAUCUCCAGAACUUUUAGUUAAGAGUGACGAUAAGGGUAAAGUUGUUACCCAUCCAAUUGCUGGAACAAUCCAAAGAGGUAAGACAUACGAAGAAGACGAACAAAACGCUCAAAUUUUAAGAUCAUCGCUUAAGGACAGAGCUGAACAUAUCAUGUUGGUUGAUUUGGCUCGUAACGAUGUCAAUCGUGUUUGUGAACCACUUUCAAAUAAAGUUGACCGUUUAUUAACUAUCGAAAGAUUUUCUCAUGUUAUGCACUUGGUAUCUGAAGUAAGUGGUACCUUAAGAGAAGAUAAAACUAGAUUCGAUGCUUUCAGAUCUAUUUUCCCUGCUGGAACUGUCAGUGGAGCUCCAAAAGUCAGAGCCAUGGAAUUGAUUGGAGAACUUGAGCAAGAAAAGCGUGGUGUAUACGCUGGUGCUGUUGGCCAUUGGUCAUAUGAUGGUAAGACUAUGGACACUUGUAUUGCCUUAAGAACAAUGGUAUACAAAGAAGGUGUAGCCUAUUUACAGGCUGGUGGUGGUAUUGUAUUCGAUAGUGACGAAUACGAUGAAUAUAUUGAAACCAUGAACAAAAUGAAGGCCAAUAACAAUACAAUUGUUGAAGCUGAACAAAUCUGGAUUGAAAAGGUUGGUCAAGAAUAGAAAUUUAAAUAUAAAGUUUAGUAAAAGUAAAAUGAGUAGGAUCAAGAAAAAUGAAUAAUAAUACAAU